CGUCCGGCCUCUGCCCCGCCCCCUCCCUGUGACCGCCGGUCCCGCGGGCUCCCCGUUCUAGUCCCCGCCCCCUGCGCGGCAUGUCCCUCGCUGCCUGCCGUAGGCAGUCUGCGCGGCUGGCAAGAUGGCGGUAGCUGCUGUUACGCGGAGGGUGUCGGGGAUUUUAAGACCUCUGAAUUUUCUGGUCCCUUUGGCUUACAACAGCUCCUGCAACAUCCGUCUUAUUUCUGGACUCUCCAUACAAUGUUUCAACCGGGUGCAGGCACCGUUAGCUUCCUCUGUUACGAAACCUCUGCUGUCUAUUAGUGAUCUGUCCUGUGGGUGUCCUCUCUCCAUCUUUAACAGUGUAACACCCUUACUGCCACGUAUCCUUCAGCAGCCAGUGAGGACUCUCACAUAUUAUAGCCUGCGAAAAGGAAAGAGGAAAUCUGUAAAAUCUGUGGUCUACAGAUUUCUCCGACUGCACUGUGGCCUUUGGUUAAGGAAAAAAGCUGGUUACAAGAAAAAAUUAUGGAAAAAGUCUAUUCCCCAGAAAAGACGCUUGAGGGAACAAGUGUUUUGCAAUAAAACACAAAGUAAACUCCUUGAUAAAAUGACCACUUCUUUCUGGAAGAGAAGAAACUGGUACGUUGAUGAUCCCUUCCAGAAAUAUCAUGAUCGCACAAACCUUCGACUAUAGAAAACCUGUCUCUUCUGUGUCUCAGUUCACACUUUUGUUUUUCCUCUUACUGCCCAAUAUAUGUCAUUGUAUGUGGGCUGGGAUCUUUUUAUGCAUUUCCAAAGACAAAUAACUACAACCUGUCAUUUUUCCACAUGCAAAUAUAUGGUCUGAUUUGAAUUAUUGGUACAAACACCCAAAUAAACUAAUUCCAGAUUGUGAUUGGA